AUGGAGCUCAAGCACGUAGCAAUUCUCGGGGCAGGAGGAAACGUGGGCAACACCAUCAUCACCGAACUCCUCAAAGACGGAGCCCGAUUCACCAUCACAGCCAUCACGCGCUCAACAUCGUCUUACACACCACCUUCUACGGCCAUCACCCACCGAACUGUAGAUUACACUUCCUUCUCCUCCCUACAAGCCGCAUUUCAGGGCCAAGACGCAGUAGUGAAUUGCGUCACGGGCAGUGCUACGCACUACGAACCAUCCAAGCUCAUCAUCGACGCUGCGGUUGCUGCAGGCGUCAAAUUCUUCUUCGCCAAUGAAUUUGUUGGAGAUAUCACACGUAAGGAGUUUACAAGAUUGCCGGAAGCUUUUGUAGGCUCCAAGUGCAGGAUUCGGGAGUAUCUAGAGGAAUUGGGUAGGGAAAAGAAGAUGGCGUGGUCCAGCUUGAAUGGAGGGCCGUUCUUCGAUAUGUGGCUCAUGAAGGGACCUGCAGGCUUCGACAUACCCAACCGCCACGCUCGUAUCUACGGUACUGGAAACGAACCCUUAUACUGGACCCCUCUUUCAACAAUCGGCCUCGCAGCUGGCAACAUGCUCCGCAACCCUCUUCCUAUCGUCAACCGGCCCAUUCUCAUCUAUCCCUUCCCCCACCUCACGCAAAACAUGCUGCUGCACACCCUGGAAAAGCUUCUCGAUGCGGUAUUCAGCGUUGAACAUGUUGAUGUUGAGAAGAUUCAUAGGCAUGCAUUGGUCGUGCUGGAGAAGUGGAAGGAAGGUGGUGAGCAAGAAGAGGGAAAAGCGCAAAUGGGCAAAGCAAUGAAGGGACUAGCGAUAUCUAAUCAGUUCUACGGAGGCGAGGACGAUGUGAAGCAUCUUGGCCAGGCUUUUCAGAACGAGAUUGUUGGUGUAAAAACCAUGCAGGUGGAGGACGCAGCAAGGGAUGCGCUGGAGCAAUAUGGAAAAGAGUGCCAAGUUGUCCAGGGUAUGUUCAACGUGGAGGCUUGCGACAUUUGA